AUGGAGGGCGCCUUCACCCACCUCGGAAACCACCUUAUCUCCGACUCUGCUGCUGCGAUAAAUGCCGGCGCAGAUGAUUUGUCGACCCUCGAUCCAGAUGAAGCACUCCUAUAUGGACAGUAUGGAGGACGCGGCGGUCUGGGACCCAGCAGACGUAGGGACGAUGACGAUGAUAACGCGACCGAAGUUUUCGACGAUGACGACACUGAGAGCUUGAUCAGUACGCCAACAACUGGGAUGGAGACGAUGGGCUUGAGAGGUUCCGAUGAAGAGAAGGAGCUCCCAGCUCACGCUUGCGCAUACUGUGGGAUCCACUCUCCGAGCUCUGUUGUGAAAUGCCUGGGAUGCACGAAAUGGUUCUGCAGCGCCCGUGGUAAUGCAACGUCUUCUCACAUCGUCAAUCAUCUCGUCCGAGCUAGACACAAGGAGGUCCAGCUCCACCCGCUUUCGACCCUUGGAGAUACCGUCCUGGAGUGCUAUAUUUGUGGCACCAAGAACGUCUUCCUCCUCGGUUUUAUCCCCGCGAAGUCCGAUACCGUCGUAGUCCUUCUUUGCCGCCAACCUUGUGCUUCUACGCCGUCCUCGAAGGACAUGAGUUGGGAUAUUUCAAGAUGGCAACCUUUGAUCGAAGACCGCUCAUUCCUCCCUUGGCUCGUACCGGUCCCUACGGAUGCCGAACAGCUGCGCGCAAGACAUCUCACUCCCCCUAUGAUUGCUAAGUUGGAGGAGAUGUGGAAGGACAAUGCUAGUGCCACCAUCCAGGAUCUCGAGAAGGCCGCUGGACUCGAUGACGACCCUGCCCCGGUCCUACUUAAGUACGACGAUGCAUACCAAUACCAAAAUGUUUUUGGACCACUUGUCAAAAUUGAAGCCGACUACGAUCGCAAGUUAAAGGAGGCGCAAUCUGAGGACGGUCUGAUUAUUCGAUGGGACUACGGUCUGAACAACAAACAUCUGGCGAGCUUCGUUUUGCCCAAGAUUGAGUUGGGCGAUGUCAAGCUGGCAGUGGGAGAUGAGAUGCGCCUCAAGUACAAAGGAGAGCUUCGACCUUUCUGGGAAGGAGUUGGAUAUGUCGUCAAGAUCCCCAACAACCAGUCGGACGAGGUUACCAUCGAGCUGCGAAAGGUUGGAAACGAUAAAUCUGUUCCUACAGAAUGUACCCAUAACUUCUCGGCCGACUACGUCUGGAAGGCCACUUCGUAUGACCGCAUGCAAUUUGCUAUGAAGACCUUUGCUAUCGACGAGAUGAGUGUAUCCGGUUACAUUUUCCACAAGCUUUUAGGUCACGAGGUUGCCGCGGCUCCCAUGAAGAUCCAGAUGCCCAAGAAAUUCACAGUUCCGGGACUUCCUGAGCUGAACAACAGUCAAAUAAAUGCGGUCAAGAGCGUCUUGCAGAAGCCUCUCAGUCUGAUCCAAGGCCCUCCUGGUACUGGUAAGACCGUUACCUCUGCGACAGUCAUUUACCACUUGGCCAAGGUCAAUGGUGGUCAGGUUCUUGUCUGCGCUCCUUCAAACGUUGCUGUGGACCAGUUGUGUGAGAGAAUCCACCGCACUGGCUUGAAGGUUGUCCGUCUCACCGCCAAGUCCCGCGAGGAUGUUCAGUCGUCAGUUGGAUUCUUGUCUCUCCAUGAGCAGGUCCGCAUGAACGACAGCAAUCUGGAACUUACAAAGCUCUCUCAAUUGAAGAGCGAACUUGGCGAACUCUCAAGUCAGGAUGAGAAAAAGUUCAAGACCCUCACCCGGGGUGCUGAGCGUGAGAUUCUAACCAAUGCUGAUGUCAUUUGCUGCACUUGUGUUGGUGCUGGUGAUCCCCGACUCGCGAAGAUGAAGUUCCGAACUGUCCUUAUUGACGAGUCUACUCAGUCCGCCGAGCCUGAGUGUAUGAUCCCUCUUGUCCUUGGUUGCAAGCAAGUCGUCUUGGUUGGAGAUCAUCAACAAUUGGGCCCUGUCAUUAUGAACAAGAAAGCUGCCAAGGCCGGUCUCAACCAGUCGCUCUUUGAACGACUUGUCCAGCUGGGCCAAAAUCCCAUCCGCCUCGAUGUCCAAUACCGCAUGCACCCUUGUCUUUCCGAAUUUCCCUCAAACAUGUUCUACGAAGGAUCCCUCCAAAAUGGUGUCACCAUGGUCCAGCGCAUUCGCUGCGACGUCGAUUUCCCAUGGCCAGUCAGCGACACUCCUAUGAUGUUCUGGUCUAACCUUGGCAAUGAAGAAAUCUCAGCAUCCGGAACCUCUUAUCUCAAUCGUACUGAGGCUUCCAAUGUUGAGAAAAUUGUUACUCGUUUCUUCAAGGCUGGCGUUCAACCCGCAGACAUUGGUGUCAUCACUCCCUACGAAGGUCAACGCAGUUACGUUGUCAGCUCCAUGCAGAACACCGGUACCUUCAAGAAGGAGAACUACAAGGAGAUUGAAGUUGCCUCCGUUGACGCUUUCCAGGGUCGAGAGAAGGACUUCAUUGUUCUGUCAUGCGUUAGAUCCAACGAUCACCAAGGUAUCGGUUUCUUAAGCGAUCCUCGUCGUCUCAAUGUUGCUCUUACUCGUGCCAAGUACGGUCUUGUCAUCCUUGGCAACCCCAAGGUUCUCUCCAAGCACCCAUUGUGGCAUCACCUGUUGUUGCAUUUCAAGGAGCGCGAUUGCCUGGUCGAAGGCCCUCUCUCGAACUUGCAGACCUCCCUGUUGCAAUUCAGCCGCCCAAAGAGUACCUAUCGCGGUCCUCAGCGUUACCAGAUGUCCCACGCCUCUUUCAACGGACGCUCCGGCACAAAUGGCAAGGCUCCCCGUGACUUUAGCGACGCCGGCUCGAUGAUGGGCUAUGUUCCUGACGAUGUUUCCUCGGUUCACUCUUCUGCUCUCGGAGGCGCCGGUCUCGGCUCGGCCUACCCUCAGAUGUUCUCCCAGUUUGCCCCUGAAAGUUGGCCCAAUCUUCCCGGUCUUGAUCUUCGCGUCCGUUCCAGCGGUCAGAAGGGCCGAGGUCGUCCUGCUGAGAGCGUUGCUGGCGAAUCCAUUGCCGCUAGCGAGCUUACCGAUACCACCAGCAGCGUCGUCGACGGCAAGGGUAUUGGCCAAGGUGGCGUCAGCCUUGGCGGAGGGGAACCUGCCCAAAAGCAGACCAGCUUGAAUCAGUCCGAUCGCUUGAAGCGUUACGUCGAGUCUGGAGGUCGCAUUGCCGACUAUAAGAAUGGCGGCGACGCAGGCAGCGUCUUCGGAAGCAGCUCCUUGUUGGGCGGCCGUCGCCUUGAGGACGACGAAAAGAGUGUUUCCACUGCGUUUGCGAGUCAAAUCGGAGGUGGCUAUGAUUGA